UCUGCAGACCUGUUUCUGGAGGGAAACUGAGGGGCUGGACACAGGAGACGGACACAGGAAUUCCAGGUCACAAGGGCUCCUGUGGCAGAGCACAGUCUUGGCUGGGUUGGGCUGGUAUUCCAACUUCUACCUCUCACGAUCAUGAGCAUGACAGAGGUAGAGUAGAACACAUAAAGAAGUGGAGAACACCUACAAAUAAGAGGGGUAAAAAUCACAUAUUGAGGCAAUCAAAGGGUCAACUUCUGCUCUGACUUUUUCACUCCUUCAUGAUGGGAUCUUCUGUGGAUUUUGCCUGCUUGUUGCUGGUGGUUUCUACCCUGGGAAAGAACCACUUGGUUUCUGGGGGUUGUUUGGGAAAAUGUUGCCGUGGCAGAGACAUGAGCUGUGCGACCACUGACUGGAGGAUGGACCGUGUUUAUGGGACAUGCUACUGUGACGAGGGCUGCGUCAGAACCAAGGACUGCUGUUUCGACUACUUCACAGAGUGUCCAGCUCAGGACUGCACUGUGAGCAAGUGGAGUUUUUGGAGUGGCUGUGCCAAGCCCUGCCAGCCUUCAGUGAGAGUGCGCGUACGUCACAUUGAGCAGCAGCCCAGUAACAACGGAGAGCCCUGUCCCAGCCUGGAGCAAAAAGCUGGUUGCAGGGAGUACAGAGACCACCAGGGCGGCCACUGUGGAGACAAGUCAGGUCCUGCAUUCAUCACAAGCAUGGAAUUUGGCAAGGGAAGGCCCAAGCAUGACAACUAUGGAAACCCCCUGAACCCUGGGUUCUGUGUGGAAUUCACAUUGGAGUCGCGGACACCCCACUGCACAGUGCAGAACCGACCACACACACACUGGAUGCGCUAUGUGACAGAAGGCUUUAAAGUGUGCGUGGCAUGUGAACCACCUGCCAUGCGAAACAAUAGUGGCAGCUGCCAAGGAGACGGUCAGGAAUCUGACAAAGAAGCUGUGCUGCACUGGCAGGCAGUGGGGAACCCUCAGUGCAGUGGCACAUGGAAGAAGGUCCAGAAUACCCAGCAGUGCAACUGUCCACCACAACACAGCUUUGUGUUCAUCUGAUCCACACAAAGCACAAUUGGAACAUGCUCUGGUGU